AUGGCUCUCCAGUCCAGCGACCAAGAUCAGGAGCGCAAGUCCUCGCCAACUGCCACUGCACAGCCGGGCGACGGCCGCGCAAGUACCCCGGAAGUCGCGUAUGUCAAGCCCUCGGAUAGGGAAACUAGCUACACGUCAAGCGCCUCUGCGCCUCUCCCGUACGAUGGUGGCGCGCCUCCCCUUCCCGACGAGCCUGUCCCAGACGACGAGGACGAUGGCUGGGAGCCCAGGUGGGAGCCCAACGCAGGCGCCUGGUACUUCCUAAACCGCAAGACGGGUCUUUCGCAAAACCCUUACGCUGGCGCCGCUGCACUGUCAUCAAGCUCUGGCGCGCCGGGUACCAGCCCACCACCAAAGCGCAAGUGGGGCGGAUACAACCCCAAGAUCCAUGGCAGCUUCGACCCCAACGCCGACUACGCCAAGGAGGCAGAGAAGGAGGAAGAGGAUGCAGCGCAGGCCUCCGCUGCUGCAGCCUCCGCAGCUCGCAACGCGCUCCUCCCUAGCAAUGACUAUACUACAACUGCCCAGUUCAACCGUUUCAACGGCAAGCAGCAACAAGCUGGUCAAGGUCCUGAGAUGCACAACGAUGAAAACAAGAGUCAUCGCCAGAUGAAUGCCUUCUUCGAUGUUGAUGCCGCUGCCAAUAGCCAUGACGGACGUAGUCUCAAGGCAGAGCGUCGCUCUCAGCACCUCAGCAAGAAGCAGCUCAAGGAGUACAACGAAAAGCGCCGAGCCGCAAAGGACGCGAAGCGCCGGGCCUGGCUUCUCGACUGA